AUGUCAGGUAAAUCAAUCAGCAAUAGGAAAGAUGAGUUCAAAAGACAGCCAUCGUCAUUCAGAGAAAUCAUCUCUGUAGAUCACCCGGUAUAUAAGCCUGCCAAAGGGAGAUAUUGGUUGUACGUGGCACUAUCAUGUCCGUGGGCACAAAGAACCUUAAUCACCAGAGCCCUAAAGGGACUGGCACCUGUGAUUGGGUGCAGUGUAGUGCAUUGGCAUUUGGAUGACAAAGGUUGGCGCUUUCUUCAAGCGCCAAACGGAGAAACAAACGAAAGGCACUGGUUUAACAUUGCAGGCGGUAUCAUCUCAGCAACUGCAAGUAGCAGCACUCCAGUGGCCGGUGUAGACAAUAACGCGCAUCGUCUAUUGAUCGACGGAACGAAUGAACCGCAUUACGGGUACAAGAGACUGAGCGAACUGUAUAUAAGAGCAGAAUCUAACUACAAUGGGAGAGUUACGGUGCCUAUCCUCUGGGACUUGAAAACGUGCACGAUAGUAAAUAACGAAAGCAGCGAUAUCAUCAGAAUAAUGAACUCGUCUGCGUUUGACGAGUUUGUUAGCGAACAACAUCACCAGAUAGACCUGGUGCCUUUACAUCUAGAGGCCCAAAUCGCGAAGUUCAAUUCUUGGGUGUACGAUGGAAUUAACAAUGGUGUAUACAAGGUCGGUUUUGCAAAGAGCGCAGAAGUUUACGAGAGUGAAGUGACCACCCUUUUUCAAAAUCUUGACAGACUAGAAAAUCAUCUGGAAGAAAAAUACACAAAAUUAGAAGCGGAGUACGGCAAGAACAAUAAGAACAAGAUAUUGGCUCGUUUCUUUGCUAUUGGUGAUACUCUGACUGAGGCAGAUGUGAGGCUUUACCCGACAAUAAUAAGAUUCGACCUGGUAUACCACCAGCACUUUAAGUGCAACCUCGGCACAAUCAGAGAUGAUUAUCCCUAUAUCUACACGUGGCUACGAAGUAUAUACUGGUGCUACGGACCAUUCCAGCACACAACAGACUUCAAUCAUAUAAAACUCGGAUAUACGCGCUCGCAGCCUCGGAUCAAUUUGCUCGGGAUCACCCCACUGGGGCCCAAGCCUGAUAUCCAACCUCUAUAA